UGCAGUGCAAUCAGUUCUUAUUGGAAUUAGAUCCAGCAGCUUAACCACAAGCCGCUCGCUUUCCUCGUCGAAAAAUCUCACCAUGAGACAUAUAUGCUUAUUGAGGCCGAUGUCUCUCAUCGAUCAGCGCAACAUUAUGCUCGGCGAAGAACAUACUAAGUCUUAUUUCGAAAUUUCUGGAACCAUUUGGUUUACUCGCCUUAUUUUAGAUGUCUUUUUAAUUGCUUUUAUAUUUUUUGGUGCAUUUUUUGCAUGAAAUCUUACCGCAGAUUUUUAUUUUAAAUGCACUUUUUUAAUUUUACCCCGCUAUUUAAAAAUUUUUUUGUCCUUCUUGAAAAUUCCCUACAUUUACAGAAUUUAAAAAAAAUCUAUCCUUCUUUUCCCUACACCCACAUUUUUCGACAAAAAUCCCUACAUGUAGAGAAUUUUCCCUACAUUUACCAUCACUGACAAACAAUCCUGUGCUUAUGAAUGUGCGCUGCGGCUUUGAAUGCGCGCUGGAUUUCUUGAGAAGUUUUACCGUUUUAUUUCGAGCUGUGGUUGGUGAGCAUACAUACACACAGCAUAUACAUAUGCGCAAAUGUAUAUAAAUUCACAAAUUUACAUUUGCAUAUGCCAUCUUCCUGUGCGCCUGGUAAUGAAGCGUUUUUUAUAGAGGAUUUUGAUUCAGUUCAAGGGAAUUCAACAAAGUUUUACAGACACCAGACAGACAGACAUAACAUAUGUAUAUAAUUUUGGAUGAUUUGGAAAAUUCAAAUAUAUAGGUCAUAUUAAAAAGCUACCUAACAUUAUUUGCUUCUAAUCACCAACAAAUUCUUAUCGACUGCUGCUAAAUUUACAUGAAUCAGCCCCUCACUGUUAAUUUUUGUUGAAAAAUGUGGCUAUGGUGAAAUUGUCUUCGCGAGACGAGUACCCCUCGAAAUUCCAUACGUUCCUGUCAUUGAGACUUCUCUAUACAUUAACGUUCUCUGGUAUAAACAUGUUUACGUCAUUUGGUGUUGUCGUUUCGUAGUGAUGCGCGGACAACGUACAGACAUUCACCUUUAUAGUAUAGAUUUUCGCAUAAUAUCAUAGAGUAGUGUGAAGAUGAAAUACAAAACAAUAUUGUUAUGUAUAUACAUAGGUACAUACUACGAGUAUAUAGCCGAUCUGUUGCCAUACGCAUAUAAAUGUUGAAACGUAUAAGCGAAUAGUGUGAAGACGGAAUAAGAAACAAAGCUUUAUAUGUAUUUACUAUAGCUGGGCCCUUACUCUGUAAUGCGAUGCGAAAAGCAAUGCGAUGGGAAAAUAAAUUGCGUUACGAAGGGUAGUCGGUACUCUGUAGCGCUAUCGCAUCGCUGAAAGUGUUGCUCUUUUUAUUAUUCACUUAUUUUUCGCUUUAGUAUGCAUCACUGACCGAAAUGCCAAAGAAAGCGACCAAAACAAACGAGUGAUUGGAAGUAAAGUACCUAUAUUUAAAUAAUAUAAAGUAGUGGAUUCUGUAGCUUUAUGGGACGAAUCAUCUGAGGAAAGGAUUUAUCGGAGAUUUAUAAGAGAUAACUCCAACGUUAUGAGUCUCAGCGAUCAAAGUUUUGUGCAGAAUUUUCGGCUUAGUAAGGAAGCCUUUAUGUAUGUGCUAAAUAGCAUAAAGGGUGAGAUGAAAUCUCCAACGAGAGCAACGGCUAUCCCUGACAUCAUAAAAGUUGCAACAACCCUAAAGUUUCUUGCUCAGGGUGCGUAUCAGCAUAUAAUUGGCCAAGACCAUCGCGCGGGGCUAGCACAGCAAACCGUUUCCAGUUGCCUUUGGGAAGUUUGCAGUGCAAUUGAAAAGGUAUUGUGUCCAAAACAUAUCGUUUUUUCGAUGAGCAGUGAAGAGAAACAGGAUGCCAACCGUAGCUUUUACGAAACAUGCGGAAUUCCGGGUGUGGUAGGAGCAGUGGAUGGAACGCACAUCCAAAUGAUAAGGCCAUCAAAUGACGAGCAUUUAUUUUUUAACCGAAAGCUUAAGCAUAGCAUAAAUGCAAUGGUGAUAUGUGAUCACAAAAUGCAAAUUAGAGCCGUGAAUGGUAGAUUUGGAGGUGCAUCGCAUGAUUCGCACAUAUGGAACUUGUCCGGUGAGCGCGAAUAUUUAAAAACUGCCUAUGAAAACGGUGACUCUGGCCAACGAAUUCUUGGUGACUCAGGAUAUCCGUUGGAACCAUGGCUCCUUACUCCAUACAGGAAUUCUACGGAGGAUUCAGACGAACAUUUUUUUAAUCAAAAACAUUCAAAGGGAAGGUCGUUAAUUGAGAGAGUUUUUGGCGUUUUGAAAGGCCGAUUUCGUUGCCUUCUAGCUUCAAGGGAGUUGCACUAUGCUCCAGAAAAGGUUGUGCAAAUACUAAAUGUUUGUUGUGCUCUGCAUAAUAUAUGUAUAAUAUUCAAAGUUCAUCCUCCCAGUUUAGAAAUCGAACCGGAACAAGUGAACAUGGUAAAUAUAGAAAAUGUAGAAAAUCUGAGUUUUGGAAAUAUAGCUAGACGUGUAAGAGACCAAAUAAAAAAUGAUAUGAUUGCCACUCGAAAUUCUGUAUGA